AACUGUCCAAACUAUAAAUAAUUGAUUUAAUUUGUUUAAUCAAAUCAACUGAAGUUACUGUUAAUAUAAUUUCAAAUUUAUGAUAAACACUUUUUCAAGAUAGCCUAUUGAGAUAAUACAGUAGUCAUUGAACUAAAUAGAGAUAAACUUUUUAUUUUAAAUAUUUUUGUCAAUUUUUUCUGGCUUGUCAUGAAUCAAUUGAUUAUAUUGUUACUGUUGGUCACAUUGUGGACAGUAGUCAUCGGCUAUGUUGACCAAAGACCCGAACAAAUUCAUUUGUCAUACGGAGCCGAUGCCACACAAAUGAUGGUCACUUGGGUGACAAUGCAUCACAUCACUGGUCAUCCACGGGUUGAAUACGGUGUUGAAGAUCUUGAUAUGAAAGCAUUUGGAGGAACCACACGAUUUGUCGACGGAGGCCAAGAGAAAAGACAUCUAUAUAUACAUCGAGUGCUUAUCACUGACUUAAAGCCUUCACAUAAAUACAAGUAUCACUGCGGGAGUGAUGACGGAUGGAGUCUUGUCUAUCAAUUCGUGACAAAGACUUCAGGUGUUGACUGGAGUCCACGGUUUGCUGUUUUUGGUGAUAUGGGUGUCACCAAUGCCAGGUCACUGCCGUUUCUCGAACAGGAUGUUCGUCGCGGAAAAUUUGAUGCAAUUCUUCACGUGGGAGAUAUGGCCUACAAUUUGCAUACUGACAACGCACGGGUUGGCGAUGAAUUUAUGCGCUUAAUAGAGCCCAUAGCAGCGUAUGUUCCCUAUCAGGUGUGUCCAGGAAAUCACGAACAAAAAUAUAAUUUCUCAAAUUAUGACAACCGGUUUUCAAUGAUAGACAAGACUAAUGGACACAUUAAUAAUCAUUAUUAUAGUUUCGAUGUGGGACCGGCUCACAUAGUAUCCCUGUCCACUGAAUUCUAUUACUAUACAAAAUAUGGAAAGAAUCAGAUUCGGCAACAAUAUGAAUGGCUUGAGGAUGACCUGCGGACAGCCAAUAGCCCCGAGAACAGAGCGCACAGGCCGUGGAUAAUAACUAUGGCUCACAAACCACUGUAUUGUAUGACUAAUGAUAAAUUGUGCUCAGAAAUUGGUGACACUGGAGCUAGUUAUCAGAGACGACGACUGAGGAAAGGUAUUCAACUAAAUGGUCACACAAAGUAUGGUUUGGAAAAACUGUUUCAUUUAUAUGGUGUCGAUCUUCAACUCUAUGGACACGAACACAAUUAUCAGCGUUUCUUUCCUGUCUAUAACAAUGUUAUCUAUAAUGGCAGUCAAAGUAAUCCAUAUCACAAUCCGGGAGCUCCGGUAGUCGUUGUGAGUGGAAGUGCUGGAUGUAAUGAAGAUAACGCAAAGUUUCGUAAACAUAUUCCCGAUUGGAGUGCAUUUCGUAGCACUGAUUACGGCUACAGUCGGAUGACUGUCCACAAUAAGACUCAUAUAUCUAUGGAACAGGUGUCGGUUGAACAGCACGGAAAAAUAAUUGAUAAGUUUGUCAUCAGUAAAGACACACACAAUCAUCAGUAA